GUUUAACCAUUAAAUAUGUUAACCAAACAAUGUUUUUGUCCAUACCUAAACUGAGCACGUGACUGUGUCGUUUAAGUUACAAACAUAAAUAACGUAGUUAGGCUAAUGUCCUUGGCGUACGUGAGCUUCAACGUGUUUGCUGCAGACGACUGAACCAUAACAUAGCUAAUGCUGUGCUAAUGCACAUAGCUAAUGCUACAAUUUAUUCUCAGGUUCCCGGGUGGUACCCACAUGAAGCUGAGGUGACUGGUCCUGGAGGACGGAGAGGAAAAACAUGAACUCCAAGCUCCUGUUUCUGGGGCUGCUGUACUUUGUACAGGGAAUGCCUUACGGCCUGCAGUCUUCCCUGCUGCCCAUAUUCCUCCGAACCUCGGGCCUCUCUCUGACCAAGAUCAGCCUGACCAAAGCCCUCUACUUCCCCUGGGUUCUCAAGGUGCUCUGGGCCCCGCUGGUGGACCAAGUGGGCACGAAAAAGAAAUGGCUCCUAGCUAGCAUGUCGGGGCUAUCGCUAACCUGCUUGGCCAGCGCCACGCUUUCCCCCGCCACCGAUUUCCGGGCGGUUGCCGGGGCGCUGCUGGCGAUGAACUUCCUGGCGUCGGUGCAGGACAUUGCGGUGGACGGAGUGGCGGUGCGGCUGCUGAGCCGGCGGGAAGAGGUGGGUUAUGGGAACACGGCGCAGGUGGUGGGGUAUAAGCUGGGCUCCGUGGCGGCUGGCGGGGGGCUUCUGGCCCUGGUGGACGCGUUAGGCUGGGGCUGGCUCUUCACCGCGCUGGCCUGCGUUUACGCCGCGGUCGUGCUGUGCACCUGGAGGAACCGCCAGCUGGACGUCCCUCUGUCCGAGAGCCCUACCCGGGAGGGGAGACGUCGGGGAGACGCCUCAAACCCCUGGGCGGUCUGGAGGGAACUGCUGGCCGUGCCUUCCACCACGUGGACCGUGGUUUUCGUCCUCGUUUACAAGCUGGGAGAGCAAGGAGCCGUGAGCAUGUUCCCCCUGUUCCUCCUGGACCAUCACAUGACCUCGGCGGAGCUGGGCUUCUGGAAUUCCGUGGUUGCCAUGGGGUUCUCCAUAUUCGGCUCCUCCCUCGGUGGCCUGCUGCUUUCAAAGUACAGCCUCAGGUCCUUGAUGAGAAACGCCUUUGUUUUGCGAUUGGUCAGCAUGGCCUUUCAGACCUGCCUCCUUGGUUUCCACAGCCAGUCUGUGCUGGUCAAAGGUGCGGCCGUGUUGAGUUUGAUCGCCCAGCAUUUCCUGGGUGGACUCAUCACCACCCUCACCUUCACUACCAUGAUGCACUGCACACAGAGAGCUGAGGAGAGAAUGCAGGCAACGCACUACAGCUUCCUGGCCACGCUGGAGGUGUUGGGGAAGCUGUGCUUCAGUGCCCUGGCUGGGUGGGUGGUGGACUGGGCCGGGUUCCAGACCAGCUUCCUCUUCUUCCUCUUCCUCUCCGCCGUCGCCACGCUGCACGUCUGGAGCGCCGCCGAGAUCGGGGGACAGAGGAAGUAGUGACGUUCUCGUUCACGUUCACGAGUGUGUGUGGGCAACGGGGGGGUGUGCUUGUUGGGGUGUAUGUGCAUCUGCCUGUGAAUGAAACAAUGUCCAUAUUUUGCCUUGUUUGACUGUGUGAUUCAGAAUGAGUGAAUUUGUGAUUAUAUGUGACGCACAUGUCUGUGUUUGUGUGUUUAUGUGUGUGUGUACGGACAUAAUGUUCAUCGUGUUGUUUAUAGUUCUCAGGGACACUACCAUCAAGUGAAUUGGUGGGGGGUUAGUAGUUUAAUAUUAAUGGGGGCGCCCUCAUCUCUUUCUGGUGCCCACAUUAACCUACAGAAGUUUUGGGUGCCAAACUAAAUGGGAAAUUUCGCUGAUUUUGGGUGUCUGGACUGACAGUUUUAGUGAAAUGCUGCAGUAAACUUUCACAGCUUGUGAUGAGACGUGAGUGGGAGAGCAGUGCGACACACACAGGCAGAUGCAGGUGCAGCCCCUGUCGCGGUGACCUUCACCAUGUAAAAAACACAGCUCGCCUCAAACUAAAAAGCGAAUCACAAUCCCUAUCCCGCAAUCCCACUUCUUCUUUUUUAAUCAUAAUUCUGCCUUUAUGGACUGCAUAGGGCAGUUUUUUUUUAUUACAUUUCUGCCUUAAUGGACUGCAUGGUGCGUAUUUCCUGAACAGUUAGUAUGGUAUUUUCAUAUCAUCUGAUGUUAAAGUAUUUUUUUAACAUGACCAAUAAAGAAAUCUGAAAUGAA